CUGAAUUUGACGAGAUGACCAAGUUUCGACCUUGUAUUGACCUUCAUUCGGGUCAAGUGAAGCAGAUUGUUGGGGGCACCCUGAGUGAUAGAGACUCGGACCUAAAAACAAAUUACGUAUCAAAGCUCCCCGCCAGUCACUAUGCAGAAUUAUAUCGGAAGCAUGAACUGCGCGGUGGUCACGUUGUGAUGCUCGGACCUGGCAACGACGAAGCUGCAAAAGAAGCGCUCCGUAUGUGGCCGGGAGGGCUACAGGUUGCAGGGGGAAUAAAUGACCAGAAUGCUCAGUAUUGGAUUGACCAGGGUGCGGACAAGGUUAUAAUUACCUCCUUCCUUUUCCCGGAAGGAAAGUUCUCUCUUGAACGAUUGCAGUCCGUUCUCACGGCUCUGGGAGGUGACAGAUCCAAGCUGGUCUUGGAUCUCAGCUGCCGCAGGAAAGACAACACAUGGUUCGUGGCCAUGAACCGCUGGCAGACUAUCACAGAAAUGGAGAUUAACCAGGAAUCAAUCUCAAUGCUUGAGCCGUAUUGUUCCGAGUUCCUCAUUCAUGCUGCGGAUGUGGAAGGGCUACAGCAAGGCAUUGAUGAAGAGCUUGUGGCGAAGCUGGCCGGGUGGUGCUCAAUACCUAUCACAUACGCUGGUGGGGCCCGAAGUCUGCAGGAUCUUGAAAAGGUCCAUGUCAGCAGUCACGGAAAGGUCGAUUUGACUAUUGGUAGUGCUUUGGAUAUCUUUGGUGGCUCGGGUGUAACUUUCGAUGAGUGUGUGCGGUGGAAUCAACAGCAUUGAUUAUGUAUCGUAAAGGGGCUCUUGCUGGCAUAUAUACAGGAGAGCAAACCUCAAUCGGCAAGCCCCAUGAGGGAGAUCGCUCAUACAAUAAUGUGUUCAUGAGCUAACUCUAUUCAAUAUGAAGCAAAAGACGCCUCUGAUUAACUAUAAGUGCGUCGAAUCGUCAGCCUGAGGUUGAAGUCUCAU